AUGAUCAUCCCGGUCAUCUUCUUGAUGAUUACGGCCCUGAAACCCGAUGAACACUUGCACAAGGGCGCCACGGCCGAAAGCAUCAAGCGAAAAUUUUGUUAUAUAGCAGACAUGACCACCUUCAUCAAAGAUUAUAUCAUUGCCCCUUUUCUCGCCGGUUGCGCCGGCAUGCUGGCCAAACUGGCUGGCAUGGCCGCGACGCUGGUGGUAUGGUGGGCUGGCUCGCCAUGCGGCCGCAGGGUGUCCCGGAAAGAUAAACGGGCCCAAGGGCUUCUGGUGCUUGUUCCGGUGGGACUUAGCCGCACCCAACGCAGUAUUGCCAGCGCGCCGGCCGUAGAAAAUGGCCAACGCCUGGAAGAUCCGGAACUAGUCGUCGACGUGGUAUCCUCCCACGAUGUGCUGAUCCUGACCGCCGUGGCGAUGGAAACGAGGACCUCCGAGGUGCCCCGGUUUGGUGGAGCACUAGCGUAG